UUCAACGCAACUCUUCAAUGGGCGUGUUGUCGCUUUACAAUAUGCAUGCACUAAGUUGCUCGAAUAUAUGUGCUUGUUACUCAACCACAUUUUAUACAUUACACAAGUUAAGCAGCGUCGAUUGGUGAUGCGUGCGUAGUUCGAGCCAAAAAUCCCCCAUAACGAAGGUUGGAAGAAACACGAAUGAGGACCAGGACGGUGUAAUUGUUUGUAGCUAAUAAUGCUAAUAGUGGAAGUUUAGCGCUAGUUAGCCAGCGAGCUAACGAUCGGAACCAGGAAGGCGAAUUAUGUCGGCCGCUCAUGGCUGCGUGCGGGCAGUAAGCGUAUGUUUGUUGCCCCUUAACUAUUGUUUCAUGUUUCCAACAACCGGGACGUCGUAAGGACCGGAAUAGUUACUUAGCGUGCUAGUUAGCCACUCUCUUUGGAAGAAUGAGAAGAAAACAGCAGCGUUUUAAAGGAGCAGAAGUCAGCUGCUGCGUCAAAUACUUCCUUUUCGGAUUCAAUAUUAUAUUCUGGUUACUGGGAGCAGCAUUCCUUGCUAUAGGCCUGUGGGCAUGGGCGGAGAAGGGUGUGCUGUCCAAUCUGUCAUCCAUCACAGAUCUUGGAGGUUUUGACCCUGUUUGGCUCUUCAUCGUUGUCGGAGCGGUUAUGUUCAUCCUUGGCUUUGCUGGCUGCAUCGGCGCACUCAGAGAGAACACGUUCCUUCUUAAAUUCUUCUCUGUGUUCCUGGGUUUGAUCUUCUUCAUGGAGCUCACUGCGGGAAUCCUAGCCUUUGUCUUUAAGGAUUGGAUCAAAGACCAGCUCAACUUCUUCAUCAACAACAAUGUCAAGGCUUACCGCGAUGACAUUGACUUGCAGAACCUUAUUGACUUUGCCCAGGAAUAUUGGUCGUGUUGUGGCGCUCUCGGGCCCGAUGACUGGGACUUGAACAUGUACUUCAACUGCACUGACCAAAACCCCAGUAGGGAGCGAUGUGGCGUUCCCUUCUCCUGCUGUGUCAAAGACCCUGCGGAGGACGUCAUCAACACGCAGUGUGGUUAUGAUGUUCGACGUAAAGGGGAGGAGCUGGAUCGACAGAAACACAUCUACACCAAAGGCUGCGUAGGACAGUUUGAAAAGUGGCUGCAAGACAACCUGAUCAUUGUCGCUGGUAUCUUUGUUGGUAUCGCACUUUUACAGAUUUUUGGCAUCUGCCUUGCUCAAAACCUGGUCAGUGACGUCAACGCAGUCAUGGCUAACUGGUGACCUUGAAGGUGGAGACACCUCUCCUGUCUUGUGCAGCUGAAGAGGGACAGCAGCAAUGUGUCCUCUGAGCUGAGUAGCACAUCCACAUACACAAACCGAAUUUAGCUCUCAAAAAAUAGCUCACAGCAAAAACAUUUGCGGGCCAAGCCGUUAUUUUUCGGACUAACUGGGAUUUUGACGCAGAUCCUGGAUGAAGAUGUCUCAUACUGCAGUACGCCCCCACCCCCACGCCCUCCCCAUCUCGCACAAGUGCGUUUAUGGCAAGUUGUUGCACAAAGAAGCUUGUCAGCUGAGAGAUUAGAAGCCUUGGAAGGAGACAAAAACUAAAAGACAUAAAUGACCCCUUCUCUUAGGUCAAGCGUUACAUUGUCAAUUGUCGCCACUCAGCAAGGGGCCUUGCACCAAACACAUGGAUCUCUCUGUUUGUCAUCUUCUGACCACAUUGGCUGGUCACAUCUGACACUUCAAAUCUUUUCAGGAGACUUAAAGCCUGAGUUAAAGUGUAAAAAGUGCCAUUAAUAUCCAGUGAUUGUCAUGUCUGCAACAAGCCCACAGUACCUCAGGGCCUGGUUGGAACUGUAUCCCCGCUGCCUUAAAAAAAAAAAAAAAAAAAAAAAAAAAAAAAAAAAAUAUAUAUAUAUAUAUAUAUAUAUAUAUAUAUAUAUAUAUAUAUAUAUACAUAUAUAUAUAUACACACACACAGACACACACACCUUUCUCUUUUCGUCCAUUUCCAGUGAAUUGUAAUGGACAAAGUCAAUGCAGAAAAACAUUAUUUCUAUGGUUAGCAACCACAGACUUGUUAUUUCUCAGAGCAUCCCUCAGGCACUUGGGAUUGCUGGUUUGGGGCCUUUUACCACAUCCGUCUUAUGCUCAAAUUCUGUCUUCUGUGUUUUGUAUCUUUAAGACACACAAACAUACAUAUAUAAUAUAUAUAUACAUAUAUAUAUAUAUAUAUAUAUAUAUAUAUACAUAUAUUUACAUUAGGGGUGUAACGGUACACAAAAAUGUCGGUUCGGUACGUACCUCAGUUUAGAGGUCACGGUUCGGUUAAUUUUCAGUACAGUAAGAAAACAACAAGAUAUAAUUGUUUUGAUUAUUUAUCUACCAAAUUUGUAAACAAUGGCUAUAUCCUUUGAACAUUGGGAACACUAUAAUAAUUCUGCCCACGUUAAUCAGCAUCAAAUUGCCUCAUGUUGUUGCUCGGAUAAAAUGACAAAACUUAUUUUCUUCUACAUAAAAAAAGUGCAACAUUAAACAGUUUCAAGUGAACUCAUCAUGCUUAAUUUAUUACAGCAUUUGGAAGCCUGUAGUUGAUUUUUUAUUAUUUAAAUGUUAUACUUGUAUCAACCUGUGAUAGCAGGGACCCUGCCAUUCAAAACUAGGCUGCUACAUUACUAAUGAUUAAUGUAACCAUAGCUGAAACAAUAGUACAAUAGCAAUAGGAGAGACUAUUCAUCCCUGAACACCAUGGAGUUCAUGUAAGCUUUAUGAUGCAGUUACAUUAUUAUAUCAACUAUCACAGACAUAAUCUCAUCAUUUAACAUGUCCUUUUUUGCUGCUUCAACACAGCUCAAUCAACACAGAAAAAGGUCAGGUGAAAUAACAGACAGACAGGGCUUUGCUGUUGUAACACACACACACACACACACACAUGCGCUCAAAAUAAGCACUGUUGAUUAGCUCUUAUUGCUGUGAAUACGCACUGCUGAUUGGCUGUUACCGCUUUGCGUGUAACCACUCAGAUCGUUGUGUGGGUGGGACAAUGCUGGGUGCUGUGUAGGAGACAGAGGCAGAACAAAGUAGAACAGCUUGUUAAGACUUUAGCAUAGGCGGCUACUUCAUAUGUUCUUGUGGAAACUCGUUUGGUACACCACCGAACCGGACCGAAACCCCCGUACCGAAACGGUUCAAUACAAAUACACGUACUGUUACACCCCUAGUAUGUGUGUAUAUAUAUAUAUAUAUAUAUAUAUGUAUAUAUAUAUAUAUGUAUAUAUAUAUAUUUAUGUAUGUGUGUGUGAAAUAUAUAUAUGUAAAAUAUAUAUAUAUAUUUAUAUAUAUAUAUAUAUAUAUAUAUAUAUAUAUAUAUGGUUUUUAAUGAUUGUGUUCAUUGUUUUGAGCAGGGUGCAAGAGUAUUGCUCGGUUAGUUGGACCAAAUAAUAUCAAUCAACCACAAGCAAAGCUUCUCGACCUAAUGGUUCAAAGCUAACAUUAGCAUCUCCUAAAUAGCCUAAAUGUGAAUUUACCGCCUCUUUUAACGUGGGGAAGCACCCGUUUACAAAAGACAUACAGUAGCUUUAACAUCUUCCAUGCGGUGGUGUUAAAAAUAGAUUAGCACAUCCAGAUUCUCUGUGUAAUAUGAAUUCUGCUUGAACUUGAAUUAGAUUGUUUUCAUGCCAUACAGCAACAGGCCCACUUAAUUACAUUUUAACAUGUUAUUGGCCUCUGGCUGUUGAAUUGUUCAGAUUAUUUGUGUAAAUAUGCUUGUUCAGAUUAUUUGUUUAAGUUUGCACCUCGCCAAUGUUUUUUGUACUCAAUGUCUCAAUUUUUCUCAUCUGAAGCUGCUUGAAGACUUUGAGCAGCAGCAUCACGUCCCCCUGUCAGUGGCCAUCAUGCGCCGUGGCUUCUCAUCAUGGCUGUACAUACAGUAUGUGUCUAUUUGGAAAUGAUGCAGCACAGUAUCACGACGUAGGUGGGAGACACGUUAAGCCAAAUACAACAUGAAAGGUUUUUCAUUGUUCCCUUCAGGUUGAGUUUUUUCUGGGCCUAAUGUGGGAUCAGAGCUGAGGAUGUUGUGAUUUGUGCAGCCCUUUGAGGCAUUUGUGAUUAAGGGCUAUAUAAACAAAGGUUGAUUGGUUGUUUGAUUAAAAGACAAGCCACCUUAAUAUUUUGGGGAACAGCAUAGCAACACUUUCUCCUGCGGAACAUGUAAAGAUCUUCACUCCAAAGCGCCACGUGAUCUGUAGCUAUGUGUGAGUGCGUGUCACAUGUCAAACUCACCCACAUACAUCCGUGUUACAAAGCCGGCGUUCUGAUUUUUUUCUUACACUUUUUGAGCAAAGCAAACCACAACAUUUUAUUGAAGCCUUGCCCGAUGCGUCUGUACAAAACUGCACCACCAUUUCUCUCAGCGCUGAUAAAUGAUUAUCCACAGGAGCCUUUUUAGGUGUCAUCAGUGGGUGAGAGCCUCUAGCGAUGCGAGAAAACACAGAGCCAAUGUAGAAUUAAUUACAGUGUGCUGCUCUCACCAAACAACGCAGCAUUUGCUUUUUUCUUAGCUUUCACAAUGUACAACAGAUCCCCUGCUCCGCUCCUGUCUCAUCUUGAGUCUGAUCUCAUAAAAUUGCGGGUGACACUCGAUUAAAUAAUCAUGAGCCGGUUCAUUCAGAAAGCUAACGCUUUGUAACACAAAGUCCCUUCGCUACGUUUUUGAGCGUGGGAUAUUGACGCUCUUUGUGCAACAAGAGGACAUCUGGGUUAAUUCUUAAUGCAUGAUGAAUAUGGCUGAUGUGCAGGGCCUGGCAGGAGGCCGAUCAAGGCUACAGUGUCAUUUUCGCUGCAGCUUCUGUUGUGUCUGGAUGGAUUGUGCUACAAUGGUAUGUUGCUGCAUUUUUAAUUGUAUUCAUAGCGUAGGUGACUUGAUGCUGUAACUUUAGGCGGUUAACGGAGGCGUGAGGGGACAUUUUACUUUGUCCUUUUAUCAUAACGGCCUUGCAUCAUGAACCAGCUUGAUCAUUUCCCAGCUUUCCCUGUGGGCAUUUAAAUCAUCCAAGGAGGAGCCUUAUGCAUCCCAUGAAUGCGUAAUGUGACUCAGCAUGGACCUAUAGUGCUCACAUCACACGUUGAAUUUCUACAGUGCACAGCACAUCAGUGAGGAAUGUGAAUAGAAAGGUGUCUUCAGCAAUGUUUUCACUCUCCUUAGUUGUAUGAGCAUGAAAGUAAUUCAGCGUUCCAUUUUUUUGUGUUUCCAGGCAUGUGGGCUGACCCACAUUUUAUAUUUUUGUAAAAGAAGCCAUCUCAUCCCACGUUUUGAAACCUCUUAAGUUAGAAACAGGAGCGUCAAUAUCCAGAUGGUUUUUUUUUACCUCACUGGUGGUUAACCUCGGCUCCAUUCUAGCCAGUGUGACUGUUGUACUUACUCACAGUGCCACACUCGUUUAGGUCACAACAUCUUCCCACGAUAGUUUUCGCCUUCAUUUAUUAUUUUGCCUUGCAGAAACCACUAUGAAAUAUUGUAAACACAGCUCAGGUUAGAUGGCCUGUCAGCGAGUAUGAAACCUGUGGGAGACGGUCUGUUACACUGUAUAUUGUGUUAAAAUGUGCUUAUUUCAUAUAUUAAAGCAUUUAUAUCAUAA